AUGUCCUUAGGACUACAAUAUCUUUGUUUGUUAUUCUUAUCAUUAUCCGCGUUAAAACUUGAUCUACAAAACACUGGAGAAAUCGAAGAUUCAACAGAAGUAGAUGAAGAUGAUGGUCCGAAUGGCAAAGAUGUUUAUACAUUUCUAGCAAGUCGGAUGAAACAAGACCUUGGAAUGAAGAAGAAACUCAAAGCUACACCGUAUUUCGUUCCGGGAGCUCACGAACCACUUCCCGGGCGGUCACAUUCGGGAGAUUAUUGGCCUGUCUUUCCGUUUCAGAAUCAAGUAUCAGCAGGUGUUGAUUUGGAUCCAGCUAUUUCACGGCAUUUUGGAGGUGAUAUCAAUUUAGCAAUCCCUAGUUUUGGAAUGGCUGAUAUUUAUGGAAGAGUUUACAAUAGGUAGGGAGAGUUACAAAUAUGAUUUAUACCAUAAAAAUUUCUAGAAUUGGUGGAACUACAACAAAAGUUGGAUAUCUCAACCAUCCUGUCAAUAUGUUGGACCUUGAAAAAGAAGAUUUUGUUCGUCUAAUGGGUGAUCCAGCCAUUGCUCAUAAUAGAAACGGACAUCCAACCUUACCACUUGGAAAUCUACCAAGACGAUUUGUGCCAAUGAGUUGCAAGCCACCAAUGUGUAAUCCAUAUCAUAUGAACUUUGGGCUUGGUGUAAGUUGGAUUUAUCAGGGCUGGAAGUUCAGAAACUCUUCAAUUUUUCCCGUGAAGAUUCUUGACCUGAUUACAAUUUCUGAAGACAUUCCUCAAAACCUAUUUCAGAUUGAUCACGAUUUCGGAUUGUACAAUGGAAUCGAGGGUGACGUGGAUGUUUUGAUGCCAAUCUCAAAAGGAGUCGGAUAUCGUUUCCCAUUCUCAGGAAAUAUUUACUCUCAUUGGGACAAUAUGACAGUAACCUAUGGACAGAAUUUGUCACCAGUCGAGCCGUUUUCAUCACUUUUUGAUUAUCAGAAAAAUCGAGAUCCUGGAUUGAGAAUUCCGCGGAAAUGGGAGAAACGAAGUAUUGAAAGUUAUCCAGAGGAACAAAUCAGGGAAUAUUAUUCGAGAAAUGGUUAUCAUGAUCAAGGACAAUAUUCGGCUGAGAAGUUAGUGUUCCCCUAUUAUUUUUGGUAA